UAUCACAUACACCACCGACCGCCUGAUUGAAUUGUUUUUAUCAAUACUAUUUUUAUUAUUUGCCGUUAAUAAGCUAAAUAAACCAACAAUUUUAUUCUGCACUAUAGAAAUUCAUUCUAUAACUGUGGACUAAACACACUGUUUCAAGCCCAUUAUCAUCCGUUCGAGGUGAUUCUUAAUUAUGCGAAUAUUUUACUAUCUACUGUACGCGCUGCAGGACACAUUGCUUUCAUUAGCGCCUGCUGAAUGUUUGAAAUGAUCUUCUUCGUCUUAACGUCGUACCAUUUGGAACGUAACGUCAGUCAAAGUGGAUGUGUGUUUCAUAUGGGUUGGAAAUGCGCACAAUAUUUGUUUACAAACUAAUAGUGACCCUUUGGGGUGUUAGUGGACAAUGGAUAUUCCCGGACAAAUUGCACAUGGAAUCCAGCGCCACGAUCAACAAACAUUGCGGGGAAAUGCCAUACAAUGUGCGGGAACGUCCAGCAUUCGGUCGAAUGUAUGAAAAUCCUUGGUUAGUGCUAUUACGCCACCCUGAAGAUACGUUGCAUUUUUGCCAUGGUACAUUAGUUAGCAAUAAAUAUGUGCUAACUACGGCCAUUUGUGCUAUGGCGGUGGUGACUAAUGCCAACACCACCACACAACAACAUGCAACGGAAGUAAUACUGGGUGAACAUGAUCUUAGCAGUGAGACAGACUGCAUAACUGCCUGGAACUGUUCCUUACCCACUACCAGACGAUCGAUAGAAAGAGUGAUCGUGCAUGACAAUUUUACUAGCAAUUUUUAUGAGAAUGAUAUUGCUCUGCUUCAAAUGAAUGCCUCUAUCCAGUUCGACAACAGCAUUCGUCCUAUAUGCUUACCGUUGGUAUCGAUAGUAGAUAAUACUGAUGAUCAGCAGCAGACUAUAUAUAAUACAAUCUGGUCCAAAGACAGCGUUCCAAGGCAAAUAUGGAUGCGUAACGUUCCUACAGAAGUUUGUCGAAAACAAAUAAGCCGCAUUUUUGUCCUUAGCGACGGCCAAAUAUGUGCUCGAUUCUUUCAGGAUAAUUUUUUGGUGGAUAUGAAUGGAAGUGCGGGUUCUGCAUUGCAGGUAGAUUAUCACGGACGUAUAUUUCAGUAUGGUUUGCUAUCCGUAGGAUUCCGUGACGUUGUUGAGAAGGCGCCAUAUGUUUAUAUAGACAUAGCAAAGUAUAUUAAUUGGAUACAUGAUUCCCUUACAAAUAAUCCAUAAUGUUUCGAACAUUAACAUUUUACCAAUAAAUUAGACAACCAGAAUUUGAUAAUCUAUAAUCUGUGGGUUAGUUUAAGAUUAAACUUAAAUUCUGUCGAGUCUCACAGUUUCCAAGACUAGCACAGACUACAAAGUUUAAUAGCGCAAGAACACAAAAGAUAGUUCUAUACUGAAGCCGAACGAGUCAUCACGUUACAGUAACAUAUAAGAAAUUGUUGGAAGAGUACGAAAAACGCUGAUUCUCUAGUCUAAAUACAUUUUAUGGGGAAUCCUCAUAGAUAUCUGGCUAAGAGUAAACGGUUUUGUGAACUAUUGUAAUUAUAUAUCAAUAACUGACCG